AUGCCUGAACUUCCAGCCAGCCUCAAGGAGUCUGUCGAGAACUCCAAAUGUGAAUACCGCCGGCUGGGCAAGAGCGGUCUCCGCGUUUCUGUGCCCAUCUUUGGCUGCAUGAGCUUCGGUGAUCGGCGGACGCUGGACUGGGCCAUCGAGGAGGAUGAGGCACUCCCCCUACUCAAAGCCGCCUAUGACCGUGGCCUGAACACAUGGGAUACGGCCAAUGUAUACUCCAAUGGCGCAUCCGAGAUCAUUAAAUACGACAUUCCGCGCGAAAAGGUGGUCAUCCUGACCAAGUGUUGGGGUGCUGUCGGAGAGACUCCCGAUCUCCGUUCCGUCUUCUUCCCUUCCCAGAUUGCCGCCUCCAAGGACUACGUGAACCAACACGGCCUGUCGCGGGCCGCCAUUUUCAACGCCGUGGAGGCCUCUCUCCGGCGCCUGGGGACACCCUACAUCGACUUGCUGCAGAUCCAUCGCUUCGAUCCAAACACUCCCAUCGAAGAGACCAUGAAAGCUUUGUACGACCUUGUGCAGUCCGGUAGGGUGCGUUACAUUGGUGCAAGCAGCAUGUGGGCCACCCAAUUUGCCCAGAUGCAGUUCUGCGCCGAGAAGAACGGCUGGACCAAGUUUAUCAGCAUGCAGAAUCAAUACAACUUGCUCUACCGUGAGGAGGAGCGCGAGAUGAUCCGAUUCUGCAACGACACUGGUGUUGGCUUGAUCCCAUGGGCUCCUUUGUGCCGUGGCCACUUGGCCCGCAGGCCCGACCAGUUUGGCAGCACCAAGAGGAGUCAAGGAGAGAAGGAGGCCCAGUCUGGAUCGCAUGGCACUGUUGAGCCCGAUCUAAUAAUUAUCAACCGCGUGGUUGAGAUUGCGGAUAAGCAUGAGUGGCCGAUCUCCCACGUAGCCUUGGCCUGGAUUGCUAAGCGCGUCACCAGUCCAAUCAUUGGUUUUAGCAGCGUUGAACGUCUGGAAGAAGCAAUUUCCGCUAGAGGCAAGGUUUUGACGGAGGAGGAAGAGAAGUAUUUGGAGGAGCUGUAUAAGCCCAAGGCUAUCCACGGACACUCUUAG